CGACUCUCCAAUGUCCACAUCUCCAGUCGAUUGACUUCAUCACCGGCCAACAACAUGCGCCUCGCCUUCCACCCUACCGCCCGCCGCCUGGCAACUGCCGCCUCCAUCGGCUCCAAGUCCAGCCUCACCGAGGCCCUCGCCCUCCUCCCGCCCAUCCCCCUCUACCGCCGCAUUCUCCGCGUGCACCGCAAGAAGCUCGACCCCCAGAUGCGCCUGCUGGGCGACUCGUACGUCCAGGCUGAAUUCCGCGCGCACCGCAACGUGGAGAACCCGCUGCACAUCAUCGGCUUCUUGACGGAGUGGCAAUUAUACGCGCAGAAGCUGGAGGGCGAUGCGUGGAUCGGGGAGAAGUUGGAUAAGGGCAAGUUGGAUAAGAUGAGUGAUCAGCAGAUUGGCCAGCUGUAUGAGUUGAUGCAGGCUAUCAAGAAUGAGGAGGGCGAGGGCGAGGGCGAGAGCGGGGAUGGGAAGCAAUAGGCUGGGUUUCUGUGUGGAGAUGAUAGUUGAGGGACCGUACUGCGGUGCGGAGGGAUGUCCAGGGAUGAAGAAGAUCGUAUGUAAGAUUGUGAGAUGUACUGUAUAUAGACCCACUGAUGAAGAAUGUAACCUGAAAGAAUAUGGAGGAUCCUUGCAGACAGUACCUGUGAGGCGGCCUGGCGGUAUGUACAGUACAGCCCUCA